GAAACUGGACUGGGGAGACCCGCUAACACACCCGCCUUGCGCAUGCACGCUGAGAGAAGGAGGCCAGGCCCCGAGCGAGGUGUAGGGGGUGUGGCCAAAGGGCUGAGGGGGCUCUCGAGCUCGGGGAAGAAAGAUGGCCAGAGAAAGAAUGUAGAGCCAUCAGCCAACGAGGAGAUGUUGCCACCUUCAGGUUUCACUGGGCUGAUUCCCCCCUCCCACUUCCAAGCCAAGCCCCUUCCAACUCUUUCAAGAAUGGCUCCCACGUGGGUCUCAGACAUUCCCCAGGUGCAACCACCAGCCCAUCAGGAUGUCUCAGAGAGGCGACUAGACAUCCAGAGGUCUCCAGUGACCACGUGGGAACAGGGUGUUUCUGGAAAUGGGCAAGGGCCAGGGCGGAGAGGCAGGUCCCUAGAGCAGCAGGGGUCUCAUGCCCUGAGCCAGCAGGCUGAGCUGAUCUUUCAGCAGCUACAAGAGUUGCGGCAGCUAGAGGAUGAAGUCCAGGUCCUGCGGGAGACCUCACUGCAACAAAAGAUGAGGCUGGAGGCCCAGGCCAUGGAACUGGAGGCUUUGGCACGGGCAGAGAAGGCUGGCCGAGCUGAGGCUGAGGGCCUGCGUGCUGCCUUAACUGGGGCUGAGAUUGUACGUAAGAAACUAGAAGAGGAGAGCCAGCAGGAGCUGGAGGAAGUUCAGAGACUGCACCAAGAGCAGCUAUCCUCCUUGACACAGGCUCACCAGGAGGCUCUUUUUAGUUUGACCAACAAGGCUGAGGGCUUGGAGAAGUCUCUGAAUAGUCUGGAAACCAGGAGGGCAAUGGAAGUUAAGGAGCUGACUGUGGCCCAGAAGGAGGCUGAGCUGCUGCGGAAGGAGCUCAGCAAGACACAAGAAGAUUUGACAGCUCAAGUGACCCUGGUUGAGAAUCUGAGGAAAUAUGUAGGGGAACAAGGCCCUUUCGAGACCCCUAGCCAGGCAUGGGAAACAGAGCGACAGGAGCUUCUGGACACUGUGCAGAACUUGGAGGAGGACCGAGAUGGCCUGCAUGCAACCGUGGAACUGAUGCAGGUGCGUGUGCAGAGCCUCAUGCACAUGCUCACCCUGCAGGAGGAGGAGCUGCUCAGGAAGGUUCAACCUUCAGAUUUACUGGAACCUGAGUUCACUAAGAAGUGCCAGUCUCUACUAAACCGUUGGCGGGAGAAGGUGUUUGCACUCAUGGUGCAGCUUAAAGCCCAGGAGCUGGAGCACAGAGACUGUGUGAAGCAGCUGAAGGGACAGAUGGCUGAGCUCCAGGAAAAAGUGACAGCCCAGAGCCAGGAGCAGGCCAUCCUGCAGCGCGCCCUGCAGGACAAAACAGCAGAGGUGGAGGUGGAGCGGACGGGUGCCAAGGCCCUGCAGCUGGAGCUGAGCCGUGCUCAGGAGGCCAGGCGGCGGUGUCAACAGCAGGCAGCCUCGGCUGAGGAGCAGUUGAAGCUUGUGGCUGGUGCUGUCGGCAGCUCUCAGAUCUGCUUCCAGAACACUCUGACUAAGGUGGAACAGGCUAUAGCCCGGCUUCCCAGCCUCAGCAACCGACUUAGCUAUGCUGUCCGCAAGGUCCACACCAUUCAGGGCCUGAUGGCUCGAAAACUGAUUCUGGCCCAGCUGCGCCUGGAGAGCUGCCCUCCACCUCCACCCCCUCCCCCACCUCCACCCCCACCUGACAUAGAUUUAAACCUUGAGUUGGAGCAGCUGCGGGAAGAACGGAAUCGCCUGGAUUCAGAACUGCAGCUGAGUGCCCAUGUCAUCCAGCAGGAAGUGGGCCGGGCCCGGGAGCAAGGGGAAGCAGAGCGGCAGCAGCUGAGCAAGGUGGCCCAGCAGCUGGAGCAGGAACUACAGCAAACCCAGGAGUCUCUGGCCAGCCUAGGACUACAGUUGGAAGCAGCUCGCCAGGGCCAGCAGGAGAGCACUGAAGAGGCUGCCAGUCUCCGAAAGGAGCUGACUCAGCAGCAGAAGAUCUAUGGGCAAGCUUUGCAAGAGAAGGUGGCUGAGGUGGAGACUCGACUUCGGGAACAGCUCUCAGACACAGAGAGGAGACUGAACGAGGCUCGGAAGGAGCAGGCCAAGGCUGAGGUGUCUCUGCGCCAGAUCCAACGUAAAGCCACUAGAGAAAAGGAGCGGAACCAGGAGCUCAGGCGUCUGCAGGAUGAGGCCCAGAAGGAGGAGGGGCAGCGGCUGACCCAGCGAGUGCAAGACCUGGAGAGGGACAAGAACAUCAUGCUGGCCACCUUGCAGCAGGCGGGUCUCCUCUCCCAUUACAAGCAGCAGCGACUGUUGGCAGUUCUUCCCUCUAUACUGGAUAAGGAGAAAUCUGUGGAGUCCAGCCCCAGGCCUCCCGGAUCCUCAAUACCACCGGCAGCAGCUCUGUCUUCCAGGGGGCCCACAAAAGAGUCCCUCUCUGUCCUGCUUGAUAGUCUACAGGGCCUGAGUGAGGCCAUUUCCAAGGAGGAAGUUAUUUGUCAAGGAGACAACCAGAAUUCUGCUCCAGUCCACAUCUGAGCAGCUACAGCUGAGAGCUGGAGGUGAAGCCUGCCCAAGGGCUGAAUCCCCAGAAAGAUCCUGGAGAAUGGGUGGGGGCCAGCCCAGUCUACUUCCCCUUCCAGCCUCACAGACACCAACUUCCUCUAAGUCUAAAUUCUCCUGCACUAAAUAAAGAUGACUCCACUUGAA